AACCACCUCAUCACCUCUUUCUCCUUUCUCACACCAUCAAUCCCUCAAAUAACCCCAAUUCCACCCUCCAGCCAAAACCCGCAUACACAAUGCCAUCCAAAAAAGCCACCUCAGGCCCCUCCGGCCUCACAAGAGGCUACCUAUUCACCUACAACACCGCCAACCUCCUCGCCUGGGGCACAUGCCUCCUCUACACAGCCAGCCUAAUCCCAACCGCGCUGAGCACAAACACCCUGCCUCAAGUCUUCACCACAACCUUCAAUCCGCUCCUCCUCGCGACACAGUCCCUCGCCCUGCUCGAGGUCCUGCACAGCCUUGUGGGCCUCGUGCGGGCGCCCUUCAUCACGACCGCUAUGCAGGUCGCGUCGCGACUGCUGGUUGUGUGGGGUAUUUUGACUCCAUUCGGUGGGGAGAUUGUUGGUGGGAAGAAUGCGCAGAUCGGUGAUUAUGCUUAUUUGGGGUGUGUGGCGGCUUGGGGGGUUACGGAGGUGAUUCGGUAUGGGUUUUUUGCGAUUACGCUUUCUGGGGGGAGUGUGCCUGGUUGGUGGACUUGGUUGCGGUAUAACACUUUCUACGUGCUGUACCCUAUCGGUAUUACCAGCGAGUGCACGUUGAUUUUCAAAGCUCUCGGCCCGGCGGGAGAGUUGAACCCUCUGUUCCAGUACUUCUUGAUUGCCGUGCUGGUCAUCUACGUUCCUGGCUCUUACAUCUUGUACACCCACAUGAUCGCACAGCGUCGCAAGGUGCUCCGUGGUAAGAAGCGCGCUGAUUAGAUGCGUUCCCAAUAUGCGACGUGAGGGACUCGAGAGUAUCCGAAAGAUUCGGUAUGGAGACCGAUGAACUGCAUGGAUUGACGGGCAGGUGUCUUUUACGGCAUAAAAUAUAUGUAUUUGUAUAGAACUAGGUUCUGGGUUUAUGGACCCAGGUUAUGUGAGGAGAAAAAAACUAAUGAAUAUACGACGGGGAGUAUAGUCAAGCCUUUGGGCAUGAGAGGA